CCACCACUCAUACCGAAAGCUUGCUAAGCUCUUCCCUCGUCUCGGGAAGAAAAGGGAGACCCAAAAACUCAAAUUUCUUUGUGUUUCGAAUUGAUUUGGAGCAGUACUUUGAUAGAACGAGAACAUGAAGAUUGUUCGCAAGGACCUUGUUCCAGGCGGACCCGGAAGCGUUAAGAUGAUACCGGUCGAUUCCGAUGAUCUAUGGUAUGCUUAUAAUUUGAUUGCUCCAGGAGACAUAGUUAUGGCUGUCACUGUUAGGAAAGUUCUGAGAGAAAGUGCUUCUGGUGGAAGAGAUGCAGAGCGUGUGAAACUGAAGUUAGAGAUAAAAGUUGAGGAGGUUGCUGAUUAUGACAAAGUAGGAGCUGUCUUGCGUAUACGUGGAAAGAAUAUCCUGGAGAAUGAAUAUGUAAAGAUAGGAGCAUUUCACACUUUGGAACUUGAGCUGCAGCGACCUUUUGUGUUAAGAAAGGAUGUCUGGGACUCAUUGGCCUUGCACGAACUCAAUCAAGCCUCUGAUCCUGCUGCAAGUGCUGAUCUAGCUGUGAUCUUAAUGCAAGAAGGAUUAGCACAUGUUCUCCUUGUUGGUAAAAGUAUGACAAUUACUCGUUCACGGAUAGAAACUUCAAUUCCUCGCAAGCAUGGACCUGCCAUUGCAGGUUAUGAGUCGGCUUUGAGUAAGUUCUUUGAGAAUGUAUUACAGGCUUUCUUGAAGUAUGUUGAUUUCAGUGUUGUCCGCUGUGCUGUGAUUGCAAGUCCAGGUUUCACAAAGGAUCAGUUUCAUCGUCACCUAUUGUUGGAGGCAGAAAGAAGACAGCUGAGAUCUAUUAUUGAAAACAAGUCGCGGAUAAUUCUUGUGCAUACAAGCUCGGGUUACAAGCAUAGUUUGAGGGAGGUUCUGGAUGCUCCAAAUGUUAUGAAUAUGAUUAAAGAUACUCAAGCAGCACAAGAGGUCCGAGUUCUCCAAGAUUUCUUCGGCAUGCUUUCAAAUGAUCCAGAUCGUGCAUGCUAUGGACCAAAGCAUGUUGAAGUUGCUCAUGAACGAAUGGCUAUCCAAACCCUUUUGAUAACAGAUGAACUCUUCAGGAAUGCGGAUGUAGUAGCAAGGCAAAAGUAUGCCAAUUUGGUGAAAUCAGUGAAGGAUUCAGGGGGCACUGUUCAUAUUUUUUCUUCUUUGCAUGUUUCAGGAGAACAACUGGCACAAAUAACUGGGAUCGCUGCAAUCCUUCGUUUCCCUCUACCAGACCUAGACGACAUAGAGAUGUAAUGGAACAAGUGAUCUGUUGGAAAUUAUCAGUCGUGUGUUGUAGAUCAUAGUUAGGUAUAAGUUAUGUACUAUUUUGGCGAAUGCUUUGUGCACCUACACAAAUAACAAUUGUAACAUCUAGGGGAAAGCUGCAAAGGUGGAAGAUGCUUGAAGCCUUGAGGAUGAGUUUUGUUGGCGUUGGGUAGUUUGAUUGGCUUAGCAAUUAGUUUGCUUGCAUACAACGGAGUCUUUUAAUUUGUUUGACCGAUGACUCCUUGUUAAAGUGUUACAAAUAUUAUUUAUAUCGUAUUGAGUAAGGUAUAUAUUUACUUUAA